CAUCUCGGCCUAUUUGCGCGUGUAAGCGUGUGUGUUCAGGUGUGUGGUGUGCGCCCUCCUUCGACAAGCUGACAUCCGGGACACACCUUGCGGCUGUUGACCGAGUGGGCGGAGUCUGCUGUGAGGCAGGUGAGCAUCCUCCUCCUCCUGUUUAUUCCUUCCUUCGCUUCCCUCCUCGUCGUCCGUUAUUUGGUUUUUUUUUCUCGGCGGCCUAUUGAUGCUUUCUCGUCCCUGGUGGUCAGCAUGGGCAUGAGGUGUUUAGUGGGCAAAUGUUUGCCGCUCCUGUUGGCCGGUUUAGCGCUGGACGUCGCCGGCCUGACGUUGCUGCUGGUGGGCGUAUUCGCGGACGUGCGCGCGGCCGACGGACAGUUCUACGGCGACUUCUUCAUCUUCACGGGCGCGCUCGUUAUCUUCGUCAGUUUGGCCUUUUGGGUCAUGUGGUACGCGGGCAACGUGCGCGUGACGCCGGGCGACCCGCGCGACGCCCGAGCGGAAGGCCUGGCCGCACGCCUAGUCCGCAAGCUGUCCGAGAGGCUCAGUCGAAAGAUGGCGACGGCGACCCCGAGGGCGGCCGGGGACGCGCGCGCGCAAGUCGACGACGACGUGGCGGGGCGCUCGAGUCUCCACCGGGCCGGCCGCGUCACGUGGGGGAAGGCCACCGUCCACAACAACAACGAAACGGAGCCCCGAAACGACAACAACUUUCAAGGGUACCGCCAGGAAAACUACAGCCAGGAUGAAAACUACAACAAAGGAUACGAUAAUGAAGGAUACGACCAUGAAAUCUACGACAGCAAAGAAAACUACGACAAAGGGUACGACAGUGACGCAGGCAACUCUGAGAAGUACAACAGGGAGAAAAACGACAACUACAAAGAGGAAGGAUACGACAGGGAAAGAUAUGACAUGGUCACGGAUGAUGACGGCAAAGAUGAAGGUGAACAACUGUGACCCCUAAAACCAAGAAAACUACAACAAAGUCCAAAAGCAGAAAGGCAUCAGAAAGCAGUCCAACAAGUCAGCCCAGCACAGGAAUGAAGAUGGACUUCUUCAUGAACCAGCCUUUCCGCUCCACAAUUGCUCAGGAGUCGUCUGAGGAGAGCCGCCGGCGUCCAAAUCAGCUCAGUCGACGUCCGCUCGUCUCAGUCCGCCCAUGGAGCCCAACAGAUGCACGAUCUUCUUCCUGGCUGUGGCCGUGAUCCUGGAUGUGGUGGGCUUACUGCUUUUCCUGGUGGGCAUCUUUGCCUCAUUGAGGUACUGGGACUUUUUUGUCUUUUCGGGACCCUUGCUGAUCUUCUUGAGCAUCUUCCUGUGGAUCUUCUGGUACAUGGGCGGCCUGCUGGUGCCCGAGGAGGAGCUGGACUUGCCCAAAAGCAACCGUGACCUGUCCUGAACCAUCUGGACCAGAAGACAAGAUCCAGACGCAGUUUCCUGGCUUCAUUCUGACAACGAGUGAGCUGGAAGCUUCGUCAUGUAAGGAUUUCAUUCUCAACAUCCACGGGACAGGAAAAAAAAACGGGCGAGGAGGGAUCCAAUGAAAAGAUGGAGAAGGUUCCAAAACUUGAACUUGAAGGAACAUUUUUGACGGAUGUCCCCGUUGACGUUGAUCACACUUGACUUGUGAGCUGGAACAUUUCUCGAUAUCUUGAUAAUCUUUGACGUUAGUUAGUGAAGGAAGGGAGAGCCACCCGUCUGUCAUCCGUUCGCAAGUUGUCUUGCAUCCCCCACCCCACCCCACCACCCACCGUGAUGAGUUUUCUCAUGAAUUUUUCCCUAGCCCAGAUAUGGGGCUGAGACCGCUUUUUGCCAAGUUGCUUUAUUUCAACUGUGAACCUGUCAAGCCCUCAGGGACCUUUUUUUUUUUGAUUCAGUGAUGUAAAGUGACAAACAACAUGACUAUCGAUACUGAAAAAAAACGUCACAUGGAUUGUAUAAAGAAGUGUGUAAAAAAAAAAGUAAAAAACAAAAGGAAUGGAAAGCACAUAGUGUCGCGUCAUCUCAUUUAUGAACUAAUGUCAGUAGCAAUGUCACAAGAUUUCCCCAAAUGACAAUUUGCUAAACAAAAAAAAAAAAAUAUGCUGAGUCAAAUUGUCAUGUUCACGUGAGCUUCGUAAAUAUUUUUGAUGCUUAGUGGGCCUGGGACAGUGCCAUGACUACUUUUCUAGACCUUAGCACUAUCAGUUUUUCAUUUCAUCCUCUUAUUUUUCUUUUUGGUCUUUUCGUUCUGGCUUCAUUUUGUUGGUGUGUCAAACAAGCCUGCCAGUCGGCCGAAGGUCCUGUCUAGUGACAUCCUCAAAUGCUGACGCGUCACCGGCCCCUGUGAGUCUUUGUUUGCCGCAUAUAUUUUUAACACCGAAGAAUUCACAAGCCAAAAUUUAUGAAAAUUUGCUAUUUUGGUCCCUAUUUUCUGCCCCAAAAUUUAAAAAAAAACUCAAAUCCAUGGAGUAACAAACAUGAA